GUGCAGAGCAGCGUGGGACACUUGAGGAGAUCAUCACGGAUGCCCUGCAUUUUCUGGAGAACCAGAACAACACAAAGCCCUUUGAGGAGUCUCUGCAGGAAGCCAUCAACAUCAUCUGGGUGAAUCUGAGCCAGCUGGAGGAAGGGGACCAGAAAGCUGCCCGCACCUUCCAGUGCGAGACCUGCCGCGUUGUGGACUGCCAGUAUCCUGUGGACUGCCCAGUGCAGGACCUGUGGGCCCACGCGGAUGAAGCCAUCACGAUGGACUGCAGCGUGCCCUUUGCCAUCCCCCCUGACAAGCCCAUUACCUGGUUGUUUGCCAAGGAUCUGCACACACAGGAUCUGUCAGUUUUUGAGGAGCUGCGAGGGAUUCAAGGCGAUCCUGUCACUCUGACCCUCCAUGACCCCACUCCGGGAACCAUCGCCUGCUGCCGGGGCUUCCUUUCUGAGCCCUUGGCCCGCAAGUACUUCUACGUCAAUGUGACAGGAGGAAGUGUGGAGGCAGAGCGAGGAAUCCAGGAGCGGUUCCGGGCUGUGCUGCGCUGGCCCCAACACAGGAUCCCUCCAGACUACAUGAAACCACUAGUGCUGUUCUUGGCUCUUGGCUCCAUGGCAGUUGUGGUGCUGCUGGUAUCCCCCAUGAUCCCCACCCCAGGUUGGCCCAAGGACUGCAGUGAGCUCCCUGCUGGCAGCCCCAGUGGUGUCUACAUCAUCCAGCCCCCAGGCCUACACCCCAUCACGGUGCCCUGCGAGGCGGGCGGGACGGACGGGGGCUGGACGGUCGUGCAGAGGAACCGGCAGAGCACGGGGAUCAGCUGGGCCGAGUCCUGGAGCACCUACAAGCACGGGUUUGGGAACGUGCACACCGAGUUCUGGCUGGGCACCGAGUACAUCCACCAGAUCACCCAGCAGAAGGUCUACCAGGUCAGGUUUCUGAUCUGGGAUGCUUCAAACAACAUGCACGUUGCAGACUACAGCCUCUUCAGCGUGGAAGACGAGUCCCAGGGCUACCGGCUGCGGCUGGGAACGUACUCGGGAACAGCAGGGGAUGCCAUGGACUCAAAAAACCCCAGGAAGGUACACAACAACAUGAAGUUCUCCACAAAGGAUCGAGAUCAGGACACCUACAGAGGGAACUGUGCCUCCAGAUAUGGAGGGGGGUGGUGGUUCUCAGCCUGUUAUUCCGCGCAGCUGAACGUUCUUUCCCUGCCUGAGCAGAACUGA